AUGUCCACAGCUUCCAUUGAAACUAUUAUAUCGUAUUUCGCAGCCGCAAGAAUGCAACUCAGUCCACGGCGACACGAGCUGCUUUCGGUCUACAUGCUUGGUGUCGGCACACUAUUCAUGUAUUUGGGUUACAUCACGCAGCUCUUUAUAGCUGAAUCAGUUAUUCAUGCUGUGAGCGUACGUCGUCCAGGAGUCAUAUCACCGCUCGCUGGAUAUUACGGACAAGCCUUCCACUACUCAGCGUUCGCAAUCUCGUCUGUGAUGACACCUUCGAUUCAGCACUAUGUGGCAUCGAAGUGGAUUCUUAUGAUUGCUAGUGUUUUUUUCGCCGUCUACUAUUUGGGAUUCAUACAUUUGAACAAUGUCUACUUCUAUCUAUCACAAGCAUUAAUGGGAGUUGGAUAUUCAUUUUAUAACAACGGUGAAGGCGCCUAUCUGUCUGAGCAUUCGUCGAGACGGACACUAGAAUCAAACACGGGCAUCGAAACAGCCGUUGGUCACAAAGCCACCCGCACUUUUACGGACCCACAAAUUCAACUGAUUUAUGGCGUAUUCUUCAUACUAAACGUGAUCUCUGUCGUGAUCUUUGCAUUACUUCCAACUAAACAGUACGACAGUAUCGCAUCGAAUUCACCGACGGUUCUUCCGAAUUUCAAACAACAGCUAAAGCAAUUUGGGAAGUCAUUCGUUAAUGUGAACAUAAUGCUGCUGCUUCCUUUCUUCUGCUAUAUGGGCCUGAUCGUCUCAUUUGUUGUGGGAGUGUACCCGACUACUUUGACUUUCACUUCAACGUUCAGCAAUGACAUUUAUAUCAUCGCAAUGUACAGCAUGGCUAUGGGUGCUGCUGAAAUUUUCGGUGGAGUAGUUCUUCGCCGUUUAAUCAAGAAAUGUAAGGAUUGGAGCCUUUGUAUCGCUGCUGGUAUUGUGUUGUUUUUGACGCGUUUCAUGAACGUCACCUGCUGGAAUAUCGUACUGGCCGUCGGAUUAACAACCAGCACCAUCACAUUUGGGAUUGUGGCCAGGGCGGUGCUAAAAAAUACGAGCGAUCAUUUUCAAAGCACUCUUUUCCAAGCACUGGACCACUACCAUAUUGAACUAGUGACGAAUGGGUUACAGAAUCUGUUCGCAGUUUGCGGUUGUCUGUUCAGUGCUCCUGAUUCUGUCAAUGGUAACGUGGGUGGAAAUGAGGUAAGUUCACUGUGGUUCACUAAGCUUUGA